AUGAGGCACUUCUUGUCGCCGCUCCCGUCUCUGGACGCGUAUACGAGGGAAGAACGUACACUUCCAGAUGUGCGGCCCGCCUUUUUUAUCCCGCGUUUGGCGGACAAACCUCAGAACCCGAUUAUGGACACAUUGAACCUAUCGGCCCCCUCCCAUAAGCAAAUUGAGACACCCCAACAUGAGACUACUGCGCUCACUGAUGCGGAAUCCUCUAUAUGGGAACAACUCGCAAUGCAAGAGCCUCCUCAAUCGCAAAACGACGAGGUCUUCGCGUCUGUCCGAUACAUUGUGCGACCACCAGCUCGAGAUCCGAAUGUACAUCUGGUCUACGUCGCACCAGGAACUCUGCUUGAAUGUCUGAGUUCAACCCUUGCCGGGGUAUCCUCGUACUUGCACAUCUGGGAUCCCGGAUCCGAGACGUUUGUGCUGCGCGACACUCCAAACGGGGUGACGGGAACAAUUAUUCUGACUGGAACAGACGAGGUCGUGAGCCGGAGUCUGGUCGAGCGGUUUCUUGUCAUUGGAGCCACAUCACGCCGCUUAGAGAACUUUGUUGGCGGCUUUGCAUCCAGUGUCGACCGAGUCUCGCCAGUCGUCCAUUCUUUUAUGCACGCGCUGUCUACUGUUCUAUUGGAGAUCCGGCAGCUGAUACUCAGAGCUUGCUCACCUCCAUACUCCGAGACCGUGAGCGACUCACAAACGCCUGUGUCAUUAACAGCAUUCUGGCUAAAGUUUGCCGAUGUGGAGGAGAUCCUGCGCUCAUUGUCGUCCUUGUGUCACAGGGAAAUGAAUGCCUUACCCAUAAAUUACACUCAUUGGCCAAAUUCAGCCUCGGAUGUUCUGUCAAAGGUUUACUAUUUUUUGACUGAUCAUUUAGAGACGCAAUCCUCGCGAAUUGUGACGGCAACAUUUGCGUAUAUCCUCACCGUCAGCUCUGAAGACUACUUCUUACAAACUUGCCUAUCGGUCGGUUAUAACCCAAAUAGUAGCGUGGCGUCACGACUCCCCUUGGCACAAGAUAUCGAGCUUGUCGAUAGUGCCCCUGACAUAUUUCGAGAAGAGAAUCCGGACAUACUCGACGAUGCGAUGGAUGACCGUAAUCAAGACAGCGAAGGUAUCCCUGCCUUCAUGUCCGAAAUCGCAGACGCCCUUCCCCUUGCCAGACGAUCCCUGAAGCUCCUCCACGAUGCUGACCCGAGGCAUCCCUUCUUUACAUCUCGGCAACACUACCCGACCAUAGAAUGGAUCUGGACGACUGACGACGUGAUGUCUGCGUGGACUGGACGCAGUCUCCCGACACCGCCUACUCCCAUCACUUCCGUUGUAUCAAAUUCCUCUGAAAAUGAUACAAAGCGGAGGUCGUACAAAGACGAGUUGAAGAAUCUCGCAGUCUUCGACCUUGAUCCCGGGACUUAUUUGACACCGUCGGCUGCAUGCUCAGAGGCAGCCCAUCUGCGCAUGUUCCUGGAUCGGUUCCCGAGCUCGCUUCCUUCGCUGACGCCUACAAUGCCGCAUCUAGUUGAUCUCGUACUGUCGCCUUUGGUCCUACACAUCAACAAUUUAUCUGAAGCUUUGCUCUCCAUAUUCUUAUCACCUUCCUCCCAUCUCAAUCUGCGCCUUCACCUGGGCGUUCUCCGAUCCUACCUCUUGCUCACUUCUCAUGCAUUCAAGUCGCGAUUAGAAGCAGCACUAUUCUCGGACUCCGCUGAGCAAAUCCUACCGUCGUGUAUAAAUGUACUUGCAGGCCGUGGUCGGACAGCCGCGACAAAGAGGUCGUUGCAAGCUGAUGCGAAAACGUCCGAUACGUGGGCUGUCGGAGUCACGCCAUUUGUCCUCCCAAAUCUCGCGCUGACAGUCUCUCGGCUACCAGCAAUAGAUCCACCUAAGCCUUUGGACGUCGUAUUGAACCCUGUCGUUCUCUCAAAAUAUCAUCGGAUAUUUGCAUUCAAUUUGCGGCUAAUGAGAGUCACCAAUGUAGUUGCGGCGUUAUUCCGAAUGACACGCAAGACCGACCGUCCCUUGUUUCCUACGUUGACGCACUCCAAUAGACUGGUGCUGCAUUUCGGUUUCGUCGCUCAGUCUUUCCUUGCAUCACUAUCGUCCUAUGUGUACGACAAGGCCAUUCGUGGCCGCUUUGACGCGCUCCUAGAUGCCCUAUCUUCCCGGGAGAAAGAGAGCUCGGCAGCACAGGUUGAACCCGGGUUUUCCGACAUCUUCGCUCUCGCGAAGGUCCAUGCGCAAGUGUUGGACAACAUCCUGAGCGCUUGUCUGUUGAGAUCGGGGCAAAAGGCGGUGGGCGAUGUGCUCCGGAAUUGUAUCGAGCUGAUACUGGAGUUGGGUAUCCUCGCUGGCGAACGUUACCGAGGGCGUAUGGAGGAGUAUCAGGCGGCGGGACCUCUGGAGGACCUGUGGGCGCGUUUCAGCUCUAGGAUGGCAACGCUGAUGAACCGCAUGGACUAUUAUCCCAAUCCACCAAAGCACAAGGAGUGA